ACUUAGGAAGUCUUCUCCAGGGUAUAGCAGAGAGAUUGCAGUGUCGGCUGUGACGUUUCCAUCGCGCUCCGGAAUUUUGUCCAUAUCUCCAAUUCUACGCAUUUCUCAGCAUUUACUUGUGAGUGUUUGUGAUUGCUGAAGAUGUCCGGACGUGAAGGUGGCAAGAAGAAACCCCUGAAGCAGCCCAAAAAAGACAACAAGGACUUGGAUGAAGAUGAUAUGGCUCACAAACAGAAGCUGAAGGAGCAACAGAAGGCCCUCGAGGCUAUGAAAGCCAAAGCUAGCCAGAAGGGACCACUUACUGGGGGAGGCAUUAAAAAAUCUGGGAAGAAGUAGUCUUAGACUGGUCAUUCCUCCAGCUAGGAUUGACCACACUCCACUUCAUCUCUCACUGACAAAUCUUAUACCGCUUCUGCCCAAAUAAAUCAAAUUUUACAGAAGUUUA